CUCUAGUUACUUGGAUCGCAAUUUUGAAUAGCGUGAUAGAGUCGAAACGGUUUGAAACGGUUCCUCUAGUUGCGCGAUAAUACAUCGGGUUUCGGCGAAUCCGGCAAUUUUGCCUUCCCAAGGAUGGACGAGACGCAGGCGAAAAUCAAGACCUGGACGGAACUGAUACAGUCGGGGAAACUGGAGGACGCGUCGGUGGAUAUUCAGACGAGUAUCCGCGUCCGGCCGAGCAGCAAGCUGAACAACGAUAUAUUUAAGUUGCUAUUACACUUGUGUCGCGCAGCGGACAAAUGUCACAAGCAACAUUGCGAGGCUGGAAAAGGUGUCGCCAAAUUAGCCAAAUUGCUCUGCUCGCUACUGACCGAGGUACCUGAUGACAACAACUUUGUCAAGGCCCUGUUCAAAAUUGUCCGUUGUUUAAUUUCUCUUAACCUGCACGACGACGCGGCGGAGAUAUGUUGUUACCUGCAGCCUGGCGGUUUGUACAAUCCCCGAGACGACACCAUGAAUCUUCUGACAAAAGUGUUGUCCCUGUGGCAGAUCUCGAUUAAUAAUCUCACAGCCGAGCCUUUGAGCGCGGAGAAUUAUAACAAGCUGAAGAGUGUCCUGGGGUACGAGAUAAAAAUGGUACAAAUAGCGCAUAAGAAUUACACAAACUAUUUGAUCACGGAGAUAAGCAAAUAUUUAGAUAGAUUGGUAGCGAUUGACAAGAAUAAGACAUAUUUUGAUGAUUUUUAUAAAUGCGCGUUGAAACAUUUGUCAGGGGUGCAGUUGCAUUUAGACGAGGACGACAAAUACGUAAUAUACUGUCAUAUACUUCGUAUCAUAUGUAACAUAGUGUGUAGGACCGUUGAUGCGUCUGGCAUUGAGUCUGCGAUGAAACCAUUAGAGGAACAGUUCAGUUAUUUCGAGGCACUUCUGGCAGAAGACGAGGAAUGUCAGCAGUGCUUUCGACAAUUUCGCGUCUUGUGCACGACCCUUUUAGUGCCGAUGGAGGGUAUUGUCGGCGACAGUGCCAAAAGCAUACGAAGUAUUGUUGACUGUGACUCGAACGUUGCGCGGAAGUAUGGAUGUGCGGGAGGUCUUCGAUGGAAUGCGAUCAGCGCCGCGGAGAUAUUCGAGCCUGUGCUUGCUUACUGGGAAAAGCGCGUGGAUGCCGACAAGAGCACGCUCGAGCGUUUGCUCGACACUGACGUCUUGCUGGAACUAAUGAAUUUGUUUGUACACAUGAACAGAAAUGAAUUUUACUCCCAGCACGUGUCGGUCAAGUGCAAGUCGUGCCUGGGCAAACUCUGUACAGUUAAGAGGGACUUGUACAACGCGUUGGUGAUGAAAUGCAGAUUAGUCAGUCUAGCAUGUAAGUUUCCCGUCAAAACUCUGCCGGCGAAAGUGUGCGCUGUUGCUAGGAAAAUUAUGAGGCGAAAUGUCGAGUGGGUCAUUCGCGAAAUGAAGGAAUCCGAAUGUAAGCGCUGGAGACAAUCGUGGAACACUUGUCGUAAUUUAACUUACAACGUAGGCAUACUGUCUGAACACGUAUACGAGGAAAGUGUGAGCUUGUUCACCUUCUUGUGCAGUUGCAUCUCUCAACUCGACGGAGUCGAACCGAGCCCUACAGAUUCUGAAAGCUUCAGGAAUCUUGAGAAUAUUAUCUCUUUCGUGCUGGACAGAUUGAGCGUUGUAUAUUACAGCAAUAAUUUGUAUAGGAAAGCUGCGACUGUGUGCGCAUUGAAUGCCUUGUUAACGUAUAACCAGUCAAACACAAAAGCUUUUCGUAGAUGGGUGCACAUUAAGAAAAUUACUCCCAAAGAGGUCGCAAGCUUAUCUAUGCUGGAGUGCUUGACCAGUAAUGAAGAUGAGAUAAUGAGCGAACUGGGACUUUCAAUCGAUGUCUCUAAGUACGACGUUACCGCAUUGUGUCUGCGUGAAGUGAAAAGUUUACUGGAGGAACAGGUCGCGUUUGAGAACGGUGUGGCAGCGGUUCUGGAAAAAUUGAGGAAGCUACAGCCAAGUGAUCAAUAUGCACACACGGUGCAGUUAUUAGGAUAUUAUUUCUUAGGUUUCAAUUACGCGAGCUCUAUUCUGGAGUGCCAUGAGCAAGCUAUACACGAUUUGAAGCAGAAAAAGUCGAACUCCGUAGCUGUUCUGUGCUUGGAAGCUAAUUUGAGUCUUUUUACUUUUGCGGAGAACUUGCGAGUCAUGAUUAAGCAAACUCAAUUGGAAAUAGAAAGUACAACGUUUGCCCUGUGCGCUCCCAAGCUACGAGAUCUAGUCGAGAACAAAUCACCAAAUGUAGUUCCUGCUUACACUAUGAUAAAUGUAAAAAAAGACACCAAUCUUAAGUUGUAUCUACAAAACUGUUUGAAGAAGUGGAAACAACUGUUUAGUCGCUACUUUAAAAGAAUUGUCAAGGAUUGGGAGCCUAAGCUUAUACUUUGCAUGCUGAUAACGGCCGGUGAAUAUGCUCGAUUAUAUCGGUAUGAAGACUGCGAGGCUGAAAUAUGGACAUUGGCAUACAAGCUGGCAUUAGAAACAAACGAUCAUACAAUUAUUUAUAUCACGAGUCGUUGUAUAUCGUUGAGACAAAUCGAUUACGAUUGGAUUACCACUGCCAGGGAACAUGUUGCGAAGUACAGAGAUUCCAAGGACGGAGAUGUAAUUGCUACCAUUGCUACCUUUUGGAUAAGUUUAGCAGACAUCUAUUUUGAAUGUGGAAAGUAUGCUGAUGCUAAGCAAUUACUUGCCGAAGCUAGGAGUCUUCCAGGAAUCUCAUUUCUUGGCAAUAAAUCCGUGUAUCUGUUAAGUUUAGAUGCUAUUAUACGCAACAGCCAUUUUUAUAACAUGCAACACGAGGAUUAUUGUUCUCAUGUUGAGGAAACUCGCCUUGCAAUGAGGAGCUUGAAUCAGGAUCUGUUGAAGGAAAAAUGGGCAAAUCAAGUGACGUAUCUUUUCAGUUAUGAUGUAGUUUUCACCACUGCAGUUAAUUUGUCCAUGAGAAUAAACAGUCUAUUAUCUUUUCGUGGUAUCAGUCCGGAUUUAGUGCGACUCUUAAAAUCGGCACAGAGUCUAAACGUAAUGCUACGUACCGCCGAACUGUUGAAAUUGUUGUGUUACAUCGAUCUGUCGCGUUUACAACUGGACGACUGCGAGGUGAAGCUGCAAGGUCUCGAGCACAUGUUGAACAUCGAGACGUUUCAGCUGUCGAUGGAGUCUAAACCCGUUGAGAUACCAGUCUCUCAUCUCGCGGUGACUCCCACGAGGAUCGCGGAUCCUGUGAGAGACGCGCCGCAGCACGACGCUUCCCCAGUGCUCGGCAAGAAAGUCUUCGACUUGCCGAAAUUUACGUUGCACAGAGAUUGCGACUGCUACAAGUGCGGCAACGUUUCGUACCAGUACAUGGUGUUUGUCACCACUUGCGUCAGGGCGCAGCUGUACGCCUUGCAGAAUCACACUGCGGCAGCGCUAGAUCACUUCCACGGCGCUUUCGAAAUCAGGCGGAGACUGUUUGAAGAGGAAAAGUCAGUGCUGCCUGAAAACUGGCCCCGUGAUGAAGUCGGAGCGAAGCGAUUUUCUUGGCAAAUACAUUUCUACAUCACCGAUUAUAUACAAUUGUUGAUCGACUUCUGUUACUUUCUGAAAACGAAGAUGGCAUCGAGACAAGAGGACGUGCGCGAUAUUAUCAAUUUAGCGAUCAAUGUGUGCCGCAAGUAUCAAUUAAAGGAGCAUCCCGUCUAUAAAAUGGCCGAGGAAUUGGCACUUGACCACGAAUUCCAGCUGGCAUUAGAAUCUUCAGACUUCAGGCUAAAGUUUGUAGUUCCGCAGCCGCAUGACAUUGAUGUAAGUGACCACGCAAAAACCUCGAUUGAUCCAAGCGUAUGCGUCACGCCAUCCGUUCAGAACCGUCGUGCCAAGAGGCCUGCUUCAAUUCGACGUAGAAAGAGCCCGAUAGCUUUGAAGACUAAACUAAAUAAAAUUAAUCUAAUUUGGAGCGAUGACGAAGAUGACGAUAGCUUAUCACCGCCGGCCACGUACUCUAAUAGAAAAUGCAAAUCGUAUACAAAUUUAGUGAAUAGAAAAAUUUUGGAGGAAGAUUUAGUGGAUGACAUUAAUUUAGAUGUAGAAGACUCUGUAUCCAAACAAACAAAGUUGGAAAACGCGAAUGAAGAUAGAAACAGUACGCAAAGGAAAUCGACGAAGGAUAUUAUGAUCGAAGUGACAUCUUCAGUUCCAGAUGUAUCGAAGAGUUUGAUGAACCUGGUAGACAAGACAAAUUUACCUGCCACGACAGAAAAUAUUGAUAAAUUGAUAGAAAGUAUAGAGAACCUCAAGAUUAAAUCGAAGACAAGAAAAAGUGUUAGAGAUACGAAGCAAUUAACUGUCGCUGAUUAUAAUAAGAAUAUAGAUCAGGCCAUAGAGUUACUGAAAGACAUGGCAAUAAAGGAAAGGACAAGUGAAAAUAUUGAUUCUUCUACGCCGACAAAACUUGAAAACAUUGAUAAAUUGCAAAACCACAAGGUUCCAAACAUGCAUAACGAAAGGAAAUUUUUUAAAACCAGAACAUUGAAAGAAAAACUAGAAAAGAGUACAUCGAACACGUUAUUAACGAAUGAGUCUAAAACUUCACGAAGUAAAUGUCCCAAAUUACUUUUAAAUGAUGAAGCCGUCGAUACAAGGACAACAAGGUCCAGUGACAGAAGGUGUAAAAAACAAAAUCCAUCGUAAAAACAAUAUUAAUGUAAAAACUGCCUAUACAUACUUACAUAGUAAUAUGGAAUUUCGUUUUGUAAUAAAUCGUUGUAUAGAA